CUAAGAUAAGCAAGCAACUUUGCGUGCUCACUCUUGUUGUUAACAAUUACAUAUCAUUGCUACAAGUAGCAUCGCAUUAGCCAUUCUUACCAUAUCGUCGACACCCAACAAGCUCUUGGGUUGAGCUUCUGAAACACAAUCGCGAUUCAGCUUCAUCGAGCCAUUGGACCGCGACCAUGGGCUACCGAAACACGACAGGCGAUGCCCCUUCCUCUCCGGCCUCUCGCUGGCUCCGACGUGUAGACCAGCACCAGAAAGAGCAAGCAGAAACCGCAACAAUGUAUGUCGACGACUACGCGAUGGACAUGGAGUACGAAGCGAACAACCGGAGUGCAGCAGUCUCUCCCAAAACCGUCAUGACACCACGCCAACGACAUCGACACGGCGUCGACUGCGAGAUGCUAGCCUCGGGGGCAGGAAUGCAACAACGACAGCCAAAUGACAUCAAUGAGGCGAUUGAAAUGGCUCCACCGAGGGCUUUGAGGAAGUUAUUGAGGAUGAUGGUGCAUUCGCAACAGAGUUCCAUGGAUUUGGCAACGGCAUACUUGAUGCCUGCUCCAGUGCUCACGCAUUCGGGAAUGGCUCCGUUAUCUGGAAAGUCCUCUCGGAAGAGGAAGAUGUAUGAGACGUGCCAGCACUGUAGAAUGGACUUCGAACCCGGAAAUAAUCGUGAGGAGAGAUGCAGCUACCACCCAGGCGACAAAGUAAUGAUCCCAUACGGUUUCGCAUACGCUCAGAACGGAGACGGCAUGUUCCAAUGGACAUGCUGCAACCAGAUCGGCACUGCUGUCGGCUGCGUGUGGGGAAGGCAUCUAUCCGCUGCAAGUGGCCGCAGUCAAAGACCUUGGGAACCUUGAGUGAGAUCUCGACAAUCUGGUUCACAUGACGCCCACGAUCCAUCGUUCAUGUCACUUCCCGUGAGUGGCCAUAGGGUUUUGUGAGACUCGACGAACCUGGCAGGAACUGCAAGCAUUGCAACACCAUGGCGACGAUGACACGGUGCCAUCGUGUCAGGCGGAGGCAUUGCGGAAGAGUCGAGAAUGUGGCGGUGACGGUCCAAGGUCUGCAGUGGCGUCGUCGUGAUGAAUGCGGUGAAGAGCUGGGAUUACACCACGACUAUCCAGUGCUACCACCUGCCUUUACCAACAACCGAGUUUGGACAACCAGGACGAUGGUCCUGCCACAGUGCCACCAACCUGUUCAUGCAUCGGCCCGUGCAGCAAGCGCGCUCCCAAGCGGACGACCUAGGUGCACUGCCGCGACGCACAUUGUGGACCAGGGUUGAUGGCGAAAAGGCGGUCGAGAGAACAGCAAUCCAAAGGUUACACCCGCGACCCCAUGACUUUAUGCAAGUCCGGCUUCAGUCCCGCUGAGACAACGGUGUGGAGAGUAAGUAGGGGCCUGGACAGCAAUCAGGAGCAUGAUGCAGUGCUUAGCGACUGCGGACUGCAUGCUCAACCAUACUCUCCCAGGCCACAACCGGACACGAGCAGCCAGAUCAUGCACUCGAAUAGAAGCAUUUGAAAAGCCUGAAGGUUCCGACGCGCCUGUUCUCCAAUAAGCGGCGAUGGCGAUGCUCCAGACGCGCAGUCCGUAUGCUGUGUAACAUAUGCGUUCGUGCACAGCGUGUAAUCCGAUGCAGGCACCGUGCAGGGAUCAGAAGACGC